GAGGAAUCGCGGAGCAGCUGCGAGGCCCAAGACACACAUCCGGGAGGGAAAAUGCGCUGUGGAUUCCUGUGCCGAUUCCUGUGGCUUUGGCCCUAUUUGUUCUACGCAGAAGCUGCGCCCAUCCAGAAAGUCCAGGAUGACACCAAAACCCUCAUCAAGACGAUUGUCACCAGGAUCAACGACAUUUCACACACGCGGUCGGUCUCCUCCAGACAGAGGGUCACUGGUUUGGACUUCAUUCCUGGGCUCCACCCUAUCCUGAGUUUGUCCAGGAUGGACCAGACAUUGGCAAUUUACCAACAGAUCCUCACCAGCCUGCCUUCCGGAAACGUGCUCCAAAUAUCUAACGACCUGGAGAACCUCCGGGACCUUCUCCACCUGCUGGCCUCCUCCAACAGCUGCCCCUUCCCCCGGACCAGGAGCCUGAAGACCUUGGAGGGCCUGGACGAUGCCCUGGAAGCUUCCCUCUACUCCACAGAGGUGGUGGUCCUGAGCAGGCUGCAGGGGUCUCUGCAGGACAUGCUACAGCAGCUGGACUUCAGCCCUGGGUGCUGAAGCCUUGAAGGCUUGGAGAGAGCCUGAGUGGACAUGUUUAUCCAGGCCUCCAGUCCCUUUCUCUCUCACUCCUCCAAGCCACCUUCCCGAAGGUCAGUUCUGCCGGGGCUUGGCCACAGCCAGCCGCCAGCUGUUUGGGCUGAAGGAUCCCCCGAAG